CGGCCGGCCAUUCAUUCUUUGCGCAGUAAACUCAACGAAACGGUAGCCAAGCAGCCAGUAUCUCAUCUAAGAAUUUUGAGAAGAUUUGAUAGUCGCCAUGUUACGCUGGAUUCGCAAGCUGUUUACGUGAUUUUUUUAUGCGUGUUUUUUCGCUUCGUAGUCUAAAACGCUUCRCGUAAURUUUGAGAGGUGAAGUCAUCUGUGAGGAGCAGYGUUGUACGCUUUGGUUAAAAUCUUUGCCAAGAUUCAUCGUGUAUGUAAAUCGACCGUAAAGUUUCUCACGCUGAGCGGUAUGACAACGUAAAACCUGUGUUAGAUGACUAGUCGAGCGAGAUAUAUGUUGGGUGUCUCCACAAGAUAGCCCGCUAUUUCUAUUGAUUGAUGCCCAAGCGUCCGUAUCUUCAGAAACUACUACGAUAUACGAGAAGCAGUUUAGAGAUAUAUUGCAGUACUGAAAGCUAAAAAUCUACAGUAGAGUCUUGUAAAUAAAGGGUCUAUUAUGCCGAAGCCACACACAGUUCUUUGUUAUAUUUGCGGAAGAGAAUUUGGAUCGUAUUCAAUCAAUGUCCACGAACGACAGUGCGCUAAAAGAUGGGAAAGCCAACGCAAUAAGGACAAACAGACUGAGAAACGAGACCACAAAAAGCGAAGCCCCACUUCAGAGAACAAGGAAAAACUUCAUGAUCCUUGGGUGAAGCGAUACGAGCCCCCAGUUCGACUAAAACCAGGCAACUCCAAGAGUAUGGUUGACAUAAGAGUAUCAGAUGAAACAUCAGUCAAAACUGUAAAUGGUGAUUUAGCUAAUAAUGUCGAUGAUGGCAAGGUGUCUAGAUCGACAACUGCUGCUGCAUCACGAUAUUCCGCAUCACUUCUGCCUAGUAAAAUGGACGCAAAUUCAAUAAUAAAAGCCAAACGCGAAGAAAGCCCUAAGCAAGAUGAUCAUGAUUAUUUAGCCAGUCUAGUUUCUGCAAGGAAAAACUCAGCCCCUGAGGCAACAACAACAUGUUCAUCACCAGAAUCAUCAACAUCAUCACAAAUUUCAUCAGAUUCAAUUCCUACUCAAGAAAUGCAACCUCCAAGAUUUCGCUCUACCAAGAACCCAAAUCUACUAGUGUGUUACAUAUGUGGCAAUGAAUUUGGAUCCAAAUCACUUAAAAUACAUGAGCCACAGUGUCUGAAGAAAUGGAAGUUAGCUAACCCGAGAUAUUACUCCCGCAAAGGUUCCCACGGUGGGAUGUUCAAAGCAGAUUCAACUAACUCAUUACAGAAAGCAAAUGGUUUUAAGAUGAAACAAAAUGGAAGUACUAGUGCAACUACACUGAAGUCUGUGUCAUGCGAAAACCUGCUCGAUACAGGUUUGUCAGGAAGUCUAAGGCCUUCAAAUAGUUUACAAGCACUUAAAGAGCUUUCCAAGUCACAAGGAAGAUUAUAUCAGCCACAUAAACCUAAGAUGGAGCCAUGUUAUAUUUGUGGUAAGGAAGUAAUUAAACACUCUUUGGAAGUUCAUGAAAAACAAUGCAAGAAAAAAUGGGAUGCAAUUAAAACUAAGAAUGAAAAAGAAGAAAAAGGGAAGAGAAGACGAUCACUUCCUGCUACCCCAAAGAGGCAUUCAGCAAAUAUCCCAGUAGCCAUAAAAAUAGAUAAGGCAAACGAUUUGCAGAAUAAUAACGUAGAUGAAGGUCAAAAAGAAAAUCGAGAAAGUACUGAAACAGUUCAAACUAAAGCAGUUACUAAAGAGAGAAAGCCUUCAACUGUGACUUGUUAUUUAUGUGGCCGUGCUUAUGGAACCGCUUCAAUAUCAAUCCAUGAGAAACAGUGUCAGAAGAAGUGGGAAGCCUUAGAGAAUGCUAAAACCAAAGAACAGCAGAAAUGCAAUGGGAGAACUAAACCACGUCCAAAAUCAUUUGUUUUGUAGCAUUUAUACAGAGUAUUCUCAUCACAGACAAAAUGGAAAAAGCCUUCCUGUUCAAUGCCUUUAAUUUAUAGUGUUCCAAAUAAUACCUAGUUUAAUGUGUACUAUUUAAGCUUCUCUGGGUACUGAACUAACAUUUAAGUUGUUGGCUGUUGUUUAGUCAAGAGAAAAUACUCAUGAGAAACAAUAUUUAAAAUUGCAGCAUGUUAGCGUGAUUAUUCACGUCUUGACAAGCAUGUACUAUGCUUUAAUAUCAGAUGUAUAUCUUCUACAAACAACAAUAAUAACAUACAAACUUUUAUACAGUAUUUUAUGUUUAUUUAGGAGUGUUCUUAUGAGAGUAUUUUACAUAAAGCCAUAAGGUGUUAAGUUUUUUUAAUAGUAAAUGAGUUUUAUGUUAUAUUGGGGUACAGAGUUUAAUGUCAACACUAAUUUGGGUCUGGGAUAUAUUAAUAAACCCAAUUUACUAGAGUAAAGAAAAUGAACAAAGUAUUUUAGUUUUUAUUUAGAAAUUUUGUUGCUAUUUAAAUUCAAUUGUAUCUAUUUCGUGGGUUAAGUUACUUGUAGUAUUUGUACUAAAUGUAAAGGAUGUUUUUGAACUUCAAUAAAGCCUGUAAUUAUUUAUUAAUGAAAACACAAAAUAGAAUGGAUUACAACGAGUGGUUUUCAUGUUGACAGAACUCCUGGGUAGGAUUCAUGCUUUGCUAUAAUAUAUUUUUAUCAAACACAGCUUUAAAUUAGAAAAAAUUAUAUGAACUACUUCAGAGGUUAUUUAAUAAACCAUGAUAGCCUUG